CUGUUGCCCCAGGGUCUUCGUGGAUGGCCACCAUCGCCCUCGCCCUGCUCUCUGCCGAGGCGUCGGCGCUCGUCUCCACGUCGCACAACGGUAGGUUUGCGCCGGCGCUCGGGCUGCGCCGCGCCGGCCCGCUCUUGAGCAGCACGGCCGCGGCGCUGGAGCUGCAGCGCAGCGCCGAGUCCACCGCCGACGCAAUCCAGCGCAAGCUGGCGAGGAUACGCGAGCUCCGCCCGACGGAGCAAUCGCCCGAGGUGCAGCAGAAGCUGUGGGAGUCGGCUGGGCUGCUGCCGAUGUACAAGGUGUCUGGCUCGGUGACCGGGGAGCCGUCCUUCACGCAGCUCUUCUCGCACGAGACGUGGAGCGCGUACACGGGCAAGUCGCCGUUCCGCCGCUGGCUGCGCACCGGCGUCACGUGGCGCCACUCGACCGUCCUCGCCUCGGUGUGGCCGAUCUGCCUCUCGCUCUCGCUCUGGUCCUUCUGCGUCGCCUCGCUGCCCGCGAGGUUUCUGCCACGCACGUCGCCCCUGCCGCUGACGGCGAUGGGCUCUGCGAUCGGGCUCCUCCUCGUCUUCCGCGUCAACAACCUGUACGGCAGGGUGGCCGAGGCGCGGCUGCUGUGGGGGAGGGCCGUCUUCCUCUGCCGGCAGGCGGCCCAGACAGUCGCGACGGCUCUCCUCUUCGACCGCAGCCUGCCGGCGGAGCGAGCGCCCGCCUCGCACGCAGCCGCGUCUAAGGUGUGCCGCUACCUCGCCGCCUUCCCCUGGGAGCUGAACGCCAAGCUGACGGGCAAGGGCGACGGCGUCGGGAAGACGCGCGGCUUGCGGCCCGGCGAGGACACCGACAUCCUGCGCGUGCUCCUGCCUGCCGAGGAGGACCUCAAGGAGCUCGACCUCGUCGUGGGCGGCUGCGAGCGCGUCUUCUCGUCGCCCGUGCCGCCGACGAUGUCUCGCCACCGUCCUCCGCUGCACUGCCUCUACGCACGCCGCCCACGACCCUUCCGGCACCCUUCCUGCAGGUCGCGGCAUGUGAUCCGCUGCAUGCUGCUCUGGCUGCUCGGGCUGCCCGCCGUGCUGGCGGGCAGCAUGUCGCCGGCGCACAUCUCGCUCUGGGUCUUCCUGGUGAGCUACAUCUUCGUUGGCAUCGAGGAGGUGGGGGUGCAGGUCGAGCACCGAGCUGAUGCGUCGCCCGAGAGGAGUCGAGAUCAGCCGAGAUCAGCCGAGAUCAGCCGAGAUCAGCCGAGAUCAGCCGAGAUCACACGAGAUCAGUCGAGAGCAGCCGAGAUCAGCCGAGGUGUGGCGUGCAGGUCGAGCAGCCCUUCGAGAUCACGCCGAUGACGCGGCUGUGCAACGUCAUCAUGCUCAACCUCGAAGAGGCCCUCGCGAUGCCGCCGCCCGCCGAGGCAAGCGAGCAGGGGGGCGGCGCAGAUGAAUGACACAGCUCACAGGCGGGGUCGCCUUGCUGCUUGGGUGCGCGCGCCUCGUGUCUGACCAGCAACAGGACAAGAGUCAAGGGAGCGCUGAGCGCUCUCUGGGCGCGUGCUGCGCGCGCGCGGUCAUCGCCCCCUCCCCAUCAGUAUGGUAUCCAUUAUCUAUUUCAUUUCGGUCCCAUGUCGUUCUGCUUCUGGCAUCUUUCAUUACUUGCAUCAUUUUGCAUAUAUCACAUCGUGUCGUAGCCGAGCGCAUGCCCAUGCGUGUGCAGCUCCGUGCACAUCUCGUGCAUGGGCAGAGUAUAUCAGUCAUGCGGGGAUGUGUGUCGCGAAACGCGGCAGAGUACGUCAGUACGAGCAGUCAUCAGACUCACAAUUCAGAGACAGAUGACAGACACACCCGGCCUCAGUGCAUUGCGUUGAACUGCAAUACGAUUCGAAAGAGUGUCACAAUCAGUGUGUGCGCCAGCGCCUCCCCUGCCACCUCUCGCGCCCGUUCUUCCGAAUGCGCCCCCAUAAUUACGCGCCGUCGCGGUUGUCAGUGCGCGUUCCGGCCGGGCACACUCCCGCCUCCGACCACUGGCCCCUACUUGGCCGCCGGCCCGAGCCGGCACAGCUUCCACUGCUGGCAGCACUCGAACGUGCGCAUCGCCGCUUGCAGCUCGGCCGACGCGCCGCCCGCCUCGGCGCGCACGGCCGGCCACGCCUCGCACUCGCCGAGGAGAGGCGACCACGCCGGCUGCGCCUUUGCACGCGCCGCCUCGCGCUCGAACAUCUGCCCGCUGCGCAGGUGGUGCGAGACGACGAAGCGACUCGCGUCCAUCGCCCCGUACGUGGCGUCUCGCAUCGCAUCGGAGACCUACACUCCGCCACGCACACGCACCACUCGCCCACUCGGAAGCGAGGCCGCGCGCUUCACCGCGGGGGAGGGGGCGGGGCGCCGAGAGGAGGGAGAGGGACAGGUUGGCCGAGCCGAGUGCGUAGCCCAGCGUCACG